GCCCAGUGGGGACUAGCGAGCCCGGCCGCACCGCUGAGGCCGUCGCCCCGGGCAGACCCGGUGCGGUGGGAGCGAGCUUUCCGAGCCUCAGUGCGACCCCGCAGCAGGGGUGCAGUCGGGAUCCCGGCGGGGACGCCCCGAGUCGCGGUUCAAAGACGAGAGACAUGGAAAGUGGUCGUUCCUCACUCUUGCAGGAUGAAGUCCCAGACGGUGACCAGCUGGAGGCGAGGGGCAGCGAGCCUGCUGCCUCUGAGGCCCCAGGGACCCCGGAGAGCUCUAGGCUCUUCAAAAGGGACGCCCCAGAAGCCCCAGAGGAGGAAGAGCAGGAGUCCGAGGGCUCCCGAAGGGAGCUGGACCUGAAGGAGGCCUACGUCCAGCUCGUCCAGGGCGUGCAGGAGUGGCAGGACGGCUGCGUCUACAGAGGGCAGUUCGGGCUGGACAUGAAGCUGGGAUAUGGCGAAUUCUCGUGGCCUACGGGCGAGUCCUACCACGGGCAGUUCUACCGGGACCACCGCCACGGCGUGGGCACCUACAUGUGGCCGGACGGCUCCAGCUUCACUGGCAUGUUCUACCUCAGCCACCGAGAAGGCUAUGGCACCAUGUACAUGAAGGCGAGGCUCUUCCAGGGCCUGUACAAGGCGGACGAGCGCUUCGGCCCGGGCGUCGAGACCUACCCCGACGGCUGCCAGGACGUGGGGCUGUGGUUCCGACAGCACCUGGUCAGGCUGUGCAUGGACAUUCCCGGCAGCUUCUCCCUGCGCAGCUACCCCGAGUUCGCGGGCUUCCUGGUGCGCUCUGCCGCGAGGAUCAGCCUGUCGGACGACGAGACCUUGCGGUGGGACCUGCUCGAGGAGCAGGACCCCUUCUUCUACGACUACAAGCGGUUCCUGCUGGACGACAGCCUGACCACGCCCCCCGAAAUGUACAUCUACUCCACCGACAACGCCCACCUGCCCAUGACCCGCGCGCUCCGUGAGGACCUGGACGCCUGGAUCUUCCGGCAGGACAUCCCUCCGUUCGUGGAGGACGGAGAACCCUGGUUCAUCAAGAACGAGACCCCGUUACUGGUCAAAAUCCAGAAGCAUACUUACAAGUUCAGGAACAAGAAGGCACACUCCAGCUGGAAGAUGGGCGCCAUCCUGGAGGGCAGCCGGCGCGGCUUCGGGUGCCGCGGCCCCAAGGAGCGGCUUUCGCGGGAGCUGAUCCUGAAGGCCAAGGAGGGGAACUACGACUGGGUGCACAGCGUGCUCAGGGACGACCUCGCCAGCCCCAACGUGGCCGACGCGCAGGGCUACAGUGUGCUGGCCGCAGCCGCCGAAGUCCCCAAGCUCUCAGGGACUCGAAACCGUUUCCUCUCAUUCUACAAAUCAGACUCCAUCUUCUUCGAAUUGGCGCACGCCCGAGUCAGCCAGGAGCUGAGGCCGCUGCCCGCUGCCGCCGGCAGCCAGGAGUCCGUCAACCCGAGGGCCAGCCUCCAGAAGCCCGCGUCGCCGAGGGGCAGCGUCGGCGACCUGGACAAGGCGGAGAAGGGGCUGGACGACGUGUCGGGGAAUGUGGACAAGUGCACGCUGUGCAGCAACGAGACGAACUUCGAGUCCGACGUGUCGAUGCUCAGCUUCUCCAUCGCCCUGUCCCGGGACCUGCUGGAGAAGAGUGCGAAGACCCACAGCAUGCUCAAGGGCCCCGCCUUUGGCGACACCAGCUCCGACAAGGGGACCAUGAGGCAGAUGGCGCUGUCCAUGAUCGAACAGAAGCGCCUUAUGAGUUGGGACCCGCUCGCGGUCCUCAUGGGCACCUCGUUGUCCUGCAUGUCACAGCGGGGCUGUGGGAACCCCAGCCAGCGGGGGUCCCUGACCCCCCUCCACAUUGCAGCUGCCCUGCCCGGGGAGGCAGGUGUCAAGAUCACCGAACUGCUGCUCCACGCUGUCACGGACGUGGACGCCAGGGCAGCUGACCAGGACGACGUGCACAGACUGGGCAAGCUAGACCUGUUGCCUUCAAGCCUGAAGCUCAAUAACGAGGCAGGCCCACCCAGAAUCUACUACAGUGACCACACGUCUGUCCCCAACGAGGGGGGCCGGACGGCUCUGCACGUGGCUUGUGAGCGGGAGGACAACUACAAGUGCGCCCGGGACAUCGUCCGGCUCCUCCUCUCCCACAGAGCGGACACCAGCCUGCUGUGGAGCGGCCACUCCCCGCUGUCCCUGUCCAUCAUCAGCGGGAACGACCUGAUAGUGAAGGAGCUUCUGUCCCACGGCGCCAACCCCAACCUGCUCCUGACCAAGGGCUUGGGCAGCGCCCUGUGCGUGGCCUGCGACCUGGCCUACGAGCACCACAGGAGCAUAGACAGCAAGCUGGCCUUGAUUGACAGGCUCAUCAGUUAUGGCGCGGACAUCCUGAAACCCGUGACGCUCAUGCAGGGGGACAAGAUGGCUGUGGGCACAGCCGUCGACUACGGGUAUUUCAGAUUUUUCCAGGACCGGAAGAUCGCCCACUGCCCCUUCCACACGCUGACGCCGGCCGAGCGGGAGACGUUCCUGGCCCGGAAGAGGCUGCUGGACUACAUGGGCUUCCAGCUGCGCCGCGCAGUCCUCGCCAGGGAGAGCCAGUGGGACCCGAAGCUGCUGUGCCUGAGCAAGCGAGUGGAGCUGACCCCCUAUCACAGGCUGAAGCGCAGGAGCCCGGGGUUGAAGGUGCCGCACCCCGAGGAGCAGGAGCUGAUCCCCUUCUUCAAGUUCUGCUACCAGUGCGGCCGGUCGGUGGGGGUGCGCCUGGCGCCCUGCGCGCGCUGCUACGGCAUGCUGGCCUGCAGCAAAAACUGCAAGACCAAGGCCUGGGCCGACUUCCACAAGCGCGACUGCAGCGUCCUGGCCUCCAUGGGGAAGUGCGUGUGCGUCUGUCCCAGGGUACCGCCUAGCAGCCCCCGAGGCAUGCGGACAAGUGCCAGGUGCCCAGAGGCAUCUCCUCCAGCCAUGACCGGGCGUGAGUGUCCCGCGGCUGAGCCAGCUCCGAGGCUGCCCACCGCCCAGGGAGGGGACACGGUUACUGCAUGGCCACCGGAUGCCAGCAUGGUGCUUCAGCUCCUGAUUUGCAGCCUCUGGGAGGUCCUGCCGCUCACGCCCCAUCGGGAUCUGCAGCGCUUUGGGGGCGCCCCCCCACAAGUGAGCUCUCCCCCAUAG